AUGCCUAGAGAGCCAUUGGAAUGUGUCAAGCUACUUGUUAAGGCUGGUGCUGAUCUGAACUUUAUUGACUUUGAUGGUGGUAGUUACAUGAUGUUGGCAGUGAAGUUUGACUUACCUGGCAUCAUGAAGUUCUUACUAGAUGCUGAUGCUAACCCCAAUAUUCCUGAUGAAUGUGGUAGCACACCAAUUGAAGUUGCCGCCUCUAAAGGCAGUAGGGAUAUGGUUGAAAUGCUAUUCCCUUUAACUUCUCCUAUUUCAACGCUGCCGGGUUGGAGUAUUUAUGGAAUCAUUUCUCAUGUGAAACUCUUUGGUUUGAAGCCGAGGGAUAAACAAAUGUGCACAAAGAGAAAAACUGAAGUGAAACGGAAAGCUUCUGAGGCUUUUAAGAGAGGGGGCUAUUUUAUGGCAUCAGAGAUGUAUAGUUGUAAGUACGAGAGAGCAUGUGAGGCGUUUGCGGAUGGCUUGAAGCUUGACCCUACAAAUGGUGAUCUUGCAAAUGCUUUAAGGGACGUGGCCUCCUUCCUGGAGCACCUCUGCGCCGCCAGUUUGGUCCUGGUCCUCACCUACCUACCUCGCGCUCUUCUUCGUGUACCUCGUGUGCGAAGCAGGGAUCGUCCGGUGCCUCGUGAAGAACGCCUGCAAGAUGUCCGGGGCGGCGUGCUCCGGCUGCUGCCGCGCUAUGCGGGGCGCGUCGUGCUUCUGCUGGCGCAAGCUGCGAGACACCCAGCGUAG